AUGACGUCACCGCCGGACCUUGCGACGUAUCCGCGCCCAGAUUUUGUCCGUCCGGAUUUGCCGUGGGAGUCGCUCAACGGACCCUGGGACUUUUUGUUCGACGAUGAAGAUGUCGGGCUUGAUGCAAAGUGGCAUAUGCACGGCCUCCCCGAUACCGUGACGCUGUCCACCACCUGUGAUGACGAUUCUACCUUGCAAUUUGAUGAGGUUGGCAAUCACGUCACGCAGAGCAUCGUAUCUGAAACGCAGAAACACCUAGGGAAUAAUGCGCUUUACAAGACGUCUAAUCAAUCCGAGAACGCAAAGACCACUAUACAAGUGCCUUUUGUAUUCCAGUGUCCGGCCUCGGGCAUCAACGAUCGGGGUGUCCAUGAGGUGCUGUGGUAUGAGCGAGGCAUCAAAGACCUACGCACAGACGACGAUCGAUCUCGGCGAGAUGUCGUUUUGCUUCGCUUCGGCGCUGUCGACUACGAAGCCACCGUAUGGGUCAAUGGCCGCUUGAGUGGGCGACACCGCGGUGGCCACGUGCCGUUUGACGUGGACAUUACCGAUGCGCUCGACGGCUCCGCUCAACAAAUCUCGCAUCGCGUGACCGUGCGCGUAUACGACUCUGCAUACGACCUUGCCCAGCCGCGCGGGAAGCAGUACUGGGGCGCGCAGCCCGAGAGCAUCUUUUACACGCCGUCUGGCGGCAUCUGGCAGUCUGUGUGGACCGAGGUUGUCCCUCGCGCACGCAUCGCGGACAGCUCCCACGGAACUGUGCUGCGAUCAAACGACAUCGAGGAGGGCAUUCUACACUCUACCAUCAAUGUCUUGGGGCGUAGGGUGGCCGAGAGACUGGAUGUCGAGCUGGAAGCCUGGUACAACGGCCAUCGCGUCUCUACUUCAAAUAGGAGACCUCUGCCAAAAGAGACGAGUUUGGCUGAGCUGGACCUGGACAUGAAAUUUACUCAAUCAUUUAUUGAAAAACACCUGCAAACUAGUGUAGAGCAUGUCAGUUACCGAAACGGUCCCCUGGCCGUGUGGUCCCCGGAAAGCCCUCUACUGUACGACGUCAUCAUCAGACUUUACGACUCAAAGAGCAACCUCGUCGACCAAGCCAAGACGCACGUUGGCAUGAGAUCCAUCGAGUGUUCAGACGGCCUGUGGAAUCUCAACGGCAAGCCAUACUUUCAGGCGCUCUGUCUGGAUCAGGGCUACUGGCCCGACACCUUCAUGACGCCGCCGUCGUCGUCAGCGCUCAAAACGGACAUUGAGCUCGCCAAGCGCAUGGGCUUCAACGGCUGCCGCAAGCACCAAAAAGUCGAGUCCCCGGCCUUUUACCACUGGGCCGACACGCUCGGCUUCCUGGUCUGGGGCGAAAUGGCGAGCGCGUACCAGUUUAGCAGCGAGUACGCGGACCGCUUCACCCAGGAAUGGACCGAGGCCGUCAAGCUCGUCAUCAACCACCCUUCGGUCGCGGCCUGGACCACGGCCAACGAGAGCUGGGGCUAUCCCUCGCUGCAAGACGAUGCGCAGCAGCGCAACCACAUCCGCGCACUCUACCACUUGACAAAGUCCCUGGAUCCGACGCGUCCCGUCAACGACAACUGCGGCUGGCAGCACGUCGCAACAGACCUCACCACGUUUCACGACUACAGCGAUGGGCCGGAACUCGAGGGGACGUGCGCCAGCCUCGACCUGAUCCUCGCUCCAAAGGCGGGCCGGGACGUCUUUGUUGGCGAGAUACCGGGACAGGACCCCGGCGCUGGGCACGACGCCAGCAAGCCCGUCAUGUGCACCGAAUUUGGCGGCGUCAACAUUGCGGCGGCGGCGGUGGUGGGCGAUCGGGACUGGGGCUACACGACGGCGCAGGACCCAGACGACUUGCUGAAGCGCAUCGAGCGUCUUGUGCGGGGCGUCGUCGAGGGCGGCCACUGCUGUGCUUUUGUAUACACUCAGCUAACGGAUAUCGAGCAAGAAGUCAACGGGCUGUACACGUUUGAUCGAAAGGAGAAGCUGGAUGCAAGCAAGGUAAAGGCUGUAAUCGAUGAAGCUCUCAAAGUAUUCUACGACAGAGUGUCUGUCAAGUUGUGA